AAUAUUAUUAUUAUUCUGCUCACUGCUCACCCUUCUUUAUCUAUAAAAAACCACUCUCCUCUCCACUUUUCAUAUCCACACUGCACUGUGGCUCUUCCUCUCUCCCUCUCUCCCUCCGUCUCUGUCUCUCAGUUUCCUUUUACCUUGUGCUGCUUUGUGUUUAAGAUGAGAUCCCCAUUGUUGUUGCUUAGUCUUCUUCUUGUUAUCCAGUGCAUCGCGCAUGCAACUGAGCACAAUGAAGCUUCAGUCCUUCACCCUGAGAGUCUCAAUUUGGACACGGGUGGGCUGAGCAGAGCCAGCUUCCCCAAGGGCUUUGUCUUCGGAACGGCGACGUCCGCUUAUCAAGUCGAAGGCAUGGCCCACAAGGAGGGUCGUGGCCCCAGCAUUUGGGAUGAGUUUAUUAAAAUUCCCGGAAUUGUUGCCAAUAAUGGUACAGGAGAAGUCGCUGUGGACCAGUAUCACCGGUACAAACAAGAUGUUGAUCUCAUGGCAAACCUAAAUUUCGAUGCCUAUCGAUUCUCAAUAUCAUGGUCCAGAAUUUUCCCAAAUGGUACUGGGAAAGUCAACUGGAAAGGAGUUGCAUACUACAACCGGUUAAUUAACUACUUGAUCAAAAGAGGCAUUACUCCCUAUGCAAACUUAUACCAUUAUGAUCUUCCCCUUGCACUUGAGAAGAAGUACUUGGGAUUGUUAAAUGACAAAGUAGUGAAAGAUUUUGCUGACUAUGCAGAGUUUUGUUUCAAGACAUUUGGAGACAGAGUGAAGAACUGGAUGACCUUCAAUGAGCCUAGAGUGGUGGCUGCUCUUGGCUAUGAUAAUGGUUUCUUUGCUCCGGCACGGUGUUCCAAAGCAUAUGGAAAGUGCACAGCUGGAAAUUCAUCCACCGAGCCUUAUAUCGCAGCUCAUCAUUUGAUUUUAUCACAUGGCGCUGCAGUUCAGAGAUACCGUGAGAAGUAUCAGAAGGUACAAAAAGGAAGGAUUGGUAUUCUCUUGGAUUUUGUUUGGUAUGAGCCUCUUACCAGAUCAAAGGCUGACCACUAUGCGGCUCAGAGGGCCAGAGACUUUCAUGUUGGAUGGUUCAUCCAUCCCAUUGUAUAUGGAGAGUAUCCAAGAACAAUCCAAGAAAUAGUUGGUGAUAGGCUACCCAAGUUCACCAAAGAGGAGGUUAAGAUGGUGAAGGGCUCAAUGGAUUUUGUUGGCAUCAACCAAUAUACUGCUUACUACAUGUACGAUCCACAUCAAUCAAAACCAAAGGUCUUGGGGUACCAGCAGGACUGGAAUGCAGGAUUUGCUUAUAAGAAGAAUGGAGUGCCUAUUGGUCCUAGGGCAUAUUCUAGUUGGCUCUACCAAGUACCGUGGGGUUUGUACAAAGCUAUAACCUACAUAAAAGACCAUUAUGGAAACCCACCAGUGAUUUUAUCUGAAAAUGGCAUGGAUAAUCCUGGCAAUUGGACACGUUCACAGGGAUUGCACGACACCACAAGGAUCAAGUUCUACAACAGCUAUAUGAUUCAGCUGAAGAAGGCAGUUGAUGAAGGAGCCAAUGUGCUGGGCUACUUCGCGUGGUCAUUGCUCGACAACUUUGAAUGGAGGUUGGGAUACACUUCAAGAUUUGGCAUAGUCUAUGUUGAUUUCAAAACCCUCGAGAGAUACCCAAAAAUGUCCGCCUACUGGUUCAAGAAGCUACUCACCAAAACCAAGCACUAGCUAGUACCUUCUAGUCUAGUAUUGUUGGUGGGGAAUAAUAACAAAUAGAAACCCCUCCCCUAAUGCUUCUCAAUUUCUUCCUUGUUGACGAACAAAAUGUAAUCUUUGUCUGUCAAUGGAAUGAACUAAGAACCUCUUGUUUUGCUAAAUAAUAGAUAAGGCCUCGUUUGGGUGAU